AACUCACAAUCACAAUCCUCUUCCCCCUCUCUCUCUCUCUCUCUCUCUCUCUCUUCAAACGUUGUCUUCUAGAGAAACCUUUUGAACUUUCCGAAUCCUAAAAUGGCUUCGAAAUUACUCAUAAUGUCACUGCUUGUGAUCUCAUUCUUCAAUGUCUGCUUCGCUUCUAGAAAGCUGGCAGCCUUGGUAAAUGAGCAGCCAGGCCAGCUUCUCCAGUACCACAAGGGCCCAUUGCUCGCCGGCAAAAUCUCCGUCAAUCUCAUCUGGUACGGCAAAUUCAAGCCGGCCCAGAGAGCUAUAAUCGCCGAUUUCGUAUCCUCUCUCUCCGCCGCCGCGAAACCCCACCCCUCCGUCGCCGCCUGGUGGAAGAUCACCGAGAAAUACUACCACUUAGCCAGCUCCAAAAACAGUUUGUCGAUGUUUUUGAACAGGCAGGUACUCGACGAGAGCUACUCGCUGGGGAAAUUGUUGACCCAGAAGCAGAUCGUUGACCUGGCUGGAAAGGGCGAGGGGAAAAACGCCGUCAACGUCGUCUUGACCGCCGCGGAUGUUACCGUCGACGGGUUCUGCGUUAACCGGUGUGGGACCCACGGGUCCUCUGUUUCCAAAUCUGCCCUUGUAAAAGGGAAGAAUUACAAGUUUGCGUAUAUCUGGGUUGGGAACUCGGAGACUCAGUGCCCUGGCUACUGCGCGUGGCCUUUCCACCAGCCCGUUUACGGCCCGCAAAGCCCGGCCCUCAUUGCGCCCAACAACGACGUCGGCUUGGACGGGAUGGUGAUCAACUUGGCUAGCCUCUUAGCCGGGACCGCCACGAACCCGUUUGGAAACGGGUAUUAUCAGGGUGAAGCCGGCGCGCCGCUGGAAGCCGCAUCGGCUUGCCCCGGGAUUUACGGCAAGGGGGCUUACCCGGGUUACGCCGGAGACUUGUUGACCGACCCGACUACUGGUGCAAGCUACAAUGCGCAUGGUACAAACGGGAGAAAGUACUUGCUCCCUGCUUUGUAUGAUCCAUCCACUACUUCAUGUUCCACUUUGGUUUAGAAUUCUCGAGAUUUUAAAAACGGAAAAAAAAUAAAGGAAAAAUGAAAAAGUAUAAGCUAGUAGUAUUAUAUAGAGGGCGUUAUUGUAAUUUAUUGAUUCGUUUAUUUGUUUGGAUAAUAAAAUGGCAAACUACUUUGGUUUGCUUCGCAAA